UGGUUUGCUUAAUAUAAGGAAUUUGAAAUAAUUUAUAAGUUUAUUAUAAGUAUAUUUUAUCCAAUUACAUUUUUGAUACUUAAGUAUAUUUAAAACCAAAUACUUUUAGACUAUCGCUCUAGUAUUUUACUGGGUGACUAACUUGAGUAAAAGAAAAUAUACCUUAAUAGAAAAUGACUCAGUCAUGUAUGACAAUUGGGUACUUUUUCCACCACUGCACUGGUUCUGUGUAUAAGCCAUUUAGCAAUAACUUUUACCCAAAGCGACUUAGCUACGAUUAUGCUUGCUUCGUCCCGCAAAGUAUCGUUCCUAGAGAUACUGAAUAUGCCGCUGUUAAGUGGAAACGUUAUUUUCGUUUUGAGUUGGUUGAUCAAGGACGCAAGACAACGUACGGAAGCUUCUCCAACGAGUCGUCUGUAUAAACAAUGGUUCGAUGCGGGACGAAGCAAUGGCCAUGCAGAGUUUAAAUGAAGAUGAUCCACAUGAUCCUCAAAGUUUGGAAGGUCAAGUCCAGGAAAUGAAGAAUGAUAUCCUGGGUUUAAACUAUCCAGAAGAUAGUGAAGUGAAGGAUCCCCUGCCUCAGAUCGAGCUGAAGGCUGUGACAAGGAGAAAAGUUAAGACCAAGAGGAGGACCAGUGCCAACAGGUCCACAGUUGAACAGAGCACUGAUACUGAUGCAGUUGAGAAAGAUUUUGUUGAUAAUCAGAAUGAUGAAGAUGAGGUGAAGAAGGAUCCCCUGCCUCAGAUGGAGCAGGAUGCCGUAAAGAGAAAUAAAGUCAAGACCAAGAGGACCAAGAGAAACAAAGCGGAGCAGAUCACUGAUACAGAUGCAGGUCCCUCUACAUCUGUGGAAUUCUCUGGGAUGGCAGUUCAGGGGACAUCUCACCAGGGACAAUCUAAUGAAAAGAUCCUAAGUGAAUGUGUCUCCAGGGCCUGUCAGACCAGGGCUCUUGACCUCCCGCCAAUCAAUCCUGAUGCCUUCAACCCGAUUAUCAUCCGGUUUCUAGAAAAACUUACUGAGGAGCAAUGGAGGCAGUUAAGCAUUGGCAGGAUGGACCCUGUGAUGAGGGCAUUGCUUGCGGAGAUGUGCCUGGAGAUUGUGCGGUUUGUAUCUGAGGCCAUCCUGGAGGUCAUCAUCCCUGCAAUUUUCCGUUUUGUACGGAUAUACAGCCAUGUGUCUCCAGUAUUCGUCAAGUCUCUGACAGAAUCAGAGAGAUCUUCUAGCACAAACCUGAAGGUUCGCAAGAGAGGCAGCAGCAAAUCCUCAAGGUCUCGCACGGCCAAAUCAAGCUCCUCUCGUAAUGGGUCUCAGACAGUGUUGCCAAAUACUCAGGGAGAUGGUGAGUCUAUAUCAUCUGAGCCACUCAGUGACUUUUUGGGAUCACUGAGGACAGUCUCCUCACUAGUGUCCAGGAUUCCUUCAAAGAGUCGCUGA